CAAUGGGAUGUAUGUGGGCGGGAUUUCCGUUCCUAUAUCCCGCCUUCACCAUUCCUUGCAGAAGUAUUGCAAAUCCGCCUCCUUCCAAACUAAAAUCUUGUUCAAAACUAACUUUCUUUGUGCGUCCCAGUAGCUUUGGAGUUUUUGCGAGCUUUAUUGGUGGUUGCUGUGGUUUCCAUGGGAGGUUCAUUUCCUGCAUUCCUAUCAUACUCCCGGAAUGAGCAAGAGCAGAUUAAUAAUUAUUACCAGCUUGGCUCCUAAAGGAAGAGGAAGGAACUAGAUGGGAGGGGGAGGGAGAACGAGUACGAGAAGAACAAGAAAGAAGUAUGAUUUGCCUUGUGAGAAUUCUUGAAGAGUUUCAUGUCUGGCUUCAUUUAUAGAGCGGACAUAUACGCCAAUUUGAAUUUCUACACGGGGCCAGGAAAUAAGGUACUGGAUUCUUGUAUUUGCAGUUGUUACGUGUAACAUUCCGUCUUGUUCAAGAAGAACAAAAAGUGGUGGAAAGGGGGCGGCGGGGAAUUACAUUGUGGCCAAACUCAGAAGAAACAGCCGGCACCGUGCCUGGCAGGAUAUGUCCCUACGUGGCGAUGUGGGAGGAAUGAUCGCAAAAUCCCAGCCCGAUCAUUUGCAACGUUGAGAAAGCUCCGAAGUCGAGUCUCUGGGGGUGAGCAAUCUCUGUGAUCGGUGGUCUAUCCUGCAAGGAGUGAAGUGUUUGUUUGAACAAGAUGCUGUUUACUUGGAGGAACACAGCCAGUUACUGCACCGGCAUGAGCUCUCCACAAUAGCUGAGGAGGAUAUUGAAAAGAGUGAAACAGGAAAAACCCAUUUUGAUGUCCAGUAUCUGCAAGACAUUCACAGAACACACGGGCUUGAAAUGAGAAAUUCAGAAGAAGGAGCAAGUGGGACAGUUCUACAGCGUUUGUUGCAAGAGCAGCUCAGAUAUGGAAACCCCACUGAGAAUCGAAAUCUCCUUGCCUUGCACCAGCAAGCCACAGUAAAUGUCAUUGCCUACAACAGUAGUGGGUCUGUAGUACCUACAAACGAUGGUCUGACACAAGAUGAGCGUCAAGUGGUCACACAUUCUGCACGACAGGAACCCCAAGGCCAGGAGCUGCAAGUUGACAAUAGUGUCAUGGAGAAGCAGCUGCAGACCAGAGCAGCACAAGCACAGAAUAACGAGGAACUGCCAACUUAUGAAGAAGCGAAGGUCCAAUCACAGUUUUUUAGAGGACAGCAACAUACAGCAGCAGGAACUGCUUUCUUUGUUACUGGAAUAAAUAACCAGAAGAUGAGAACUGAAGGGCGGUCCACAGUCCAGAGGCUGGGUACUGGAAAGGUUCACCAAGAUGAUGGGCUUAAAGACUUGAAACAAGGUCAUGUUCGUUCUCUCAGUGAGCGGCUUAUGCAGCUCUCCUUAGCUACAACUGGUGUAAAAGCACAAUCUUCAAUUGCAAGUAGUGUGAUUUCGUCCCAACAGGCGAAUGAAUUCUACACACAUGCUGGGCAUGUUUUGUCUCAGACGUCCAUAAAGGGAAUAGACCCUAGGGGGCCUCCACCUGAAUAUCCUUACAAAAAUAUGUCAACUUUACCUGUUACUUCCAAGGCUCAGGACUAUGGCAAUUUCUACAGUGACAUUAGACUGGGAAUGACAACGGAAGGUUUAAAGCCGCCUUCAACCUCUCAGCAACACAUUAAGCCAGAUGCUCCUGUUAUGAGGUACCAACCACCUCCUGAGUAUGGGGCUGUCAGGCAAAGUCAAGAAGGGUCGACACAUCAGCAGCUGCAGUUACAGCAGCGAACCUAUCAACACAGCCCAUCGUCAUCUCAGACAUCAAUGGGAUCUACGUCAGUGAUGCAGCCACCACCCUCACCAAAUCUGCUGACUGCUCAACACCAACAGACCCCCCUUACAAGCCACCUGAAUCAGCAGUUCCAGGGUGACCCAUUGGCCAUUGUCUUGCGAGCUCAACAAAUGGUAGAAAUCUUGUCCGAGGAAAACCGUGCUCUUCGGCAGGAGUUGGAGGGAUACUAUGACAAAGUAGCUAAAUUACAGAAGCUGGAGAUGGAAAUUGAGAGAGUUUCAGAAGCUUAUGAAAACCUGGUGAAAUCAUCUUCCAAGAAAGAAACCUUGGAAAAAGCUAUGCGGAAUAAGUUAGAAGGUGAAAUCCGCAGACUUUACGACUUCAAUCGAGAUUUGAGAGAUCGAUUGGAAACUGCUAACAAACAGCUUGCUGUUAAAGAGUGUGAAGGUUCUGAAGACAGCCGAAAAACUAUUGCUCAGCUCAUUGGGCAAAGUAAAGAAAAUUCAAGAGAAAAGGAGAAGCUAGAAAUGGAGCUCUCUGUCCUCCGUUCAACCAAUGAGGAUCAGAGAAGACACAUUGAAAUCCGGGAUCAGGCUUUGAACAACACCCAAGGGAAAGUGGUCAAAUUGGAGGAGGAGCUGAAGAGGAAGCAGGUGUACGUGGACAAAGUAGAAAGAAUGCAGCAAGCUCUGAUCCAGCUGCAGGCAGCAUGUGAGAAACGGGAGCAGCUUGAGCAUCGGCUGCGAACCCGCCUCGAAAGGGAAUUGGAAUCCCUUCGGAUGCAGCAGCGUCAGGGUACCUCCCAGGCCCCCACUGCUCCUGAGUGUAAUGCCACUUCCUUAAUGGAACUGCUACGUGAGAAGGAAGAGCGAAUCCUGGCUUUGGAGGCUGACAUGACAAAGUGGGAACAGAAGUAUCUUGAAGAAAGUGUGAUGCGACAAUUUGCAUUGGAUGCUGCAGCUACAGUGGCAGCUCAAAGGGAUACGACAGUUUUAGGCCAUUCUCCAAAUGGUAGCUAUGAAACAUCUUUAGAAGCUCGGAUCCAGAAAGAAGAGGAGGAAAUUUUGAUGGCCAAUAGGAGGUGUCUCGACAUGGAAAGCAGGAUUAAGACUCUCCAUGCUCAAAUUAUUGAGAAAGAUGCUAUGAUCAAAGUUCUCCAACAGAGGUCACGGAGAGAACAAGUCAAAACAGAACAGCCAGCUGCUUUAAGACCUUCAAAGUCUCUUGCUUCUAUUUCCAAUGCUACAUCUGGACUUUCGUCUUAUCCCACAUUGCUGUCCAGUAAUCCAAUCAUUGAGGAGAAGAAGGAAGACAAGUGCUGGAAAGGCAGUCUGGGUUUUCUGCUCAGCACAGAUAGGAAUGAAUCACAUUCUUCCUCCUCUUCACCGGUUCUACCAUCCACGCCACUACUUUCAGCGCAUUCUAAAACAGGAAGCCGGGAUAGCAGCACCCAGACAGAAAGAGGUCCAGAGCAUAACAAAUUAGGCACUGCCUCACCAUCACUAGGAAAGACAGGCAGUACAAGCCCUGCAAGUGUGGAAAAAGCAGACAAUUCUCUUUCAACGAGUACACUUGAUAAGAAAGCUCCCUCUUCUCCAUUUGGGCAGGACCUUGCUGAUAAUGAGAUGGUAGAAAUCCUGAUUUGAACUUUUUUCACCUAGGACACAGUGAGCAGGCAAUAAAGGGUGUUGAAAAUACAAAAUCUGAUCUCAUUGAGGUCUAUUGUGAAAAACGUGCAAAAUGGAUCUUCUUUUAUUCCAGCUGAAGUGUUUAUGAAGCCGAAGCACUUCAGGAAGCCACAAAAAAUGGACUAAGGGAUAUGUAUGCUUUCUCAUCACAUUCUUUAAAGCAGUGUACAUGGAAAGAUCAUUUAUCCACUCAGCCCUUCAUUGAUCUGUAUCAGUACAAACUGUUUGAGAAGUAUCUGCACUGCCUUGUACAAUACAUUCCAGCUCAAUUUAUUAUGUUAAGCGUUUAACAAUGGAUGUAUUAUAUACUCAAACAGAACAGUAUAGUGAUAAGAGCACAAGCUGUUAUGUAUUGGAGAACCACUCUUUCACCAAUAACAUUGUAUAAAAGAGAGACAAUAGCCUUUGAGGUGGGGGCCAGAGUUUUACAGAAUCUCCAACCCACUAAAUCUUGGCAAGUUUCCUCUUGUAUUUUUUUUCAGGAUUACAAAAAACUGGAACAACAUCAUUUCAAACAUUCUGGAUUGUAUAUGAAAUUGUUCAUUACCAAUUAAAGUUAAAUCUAUCUUAAUAGUUCACUAGCUCAUAUGUACAGAAACUCUCUUAAAAGAUCAUUAAUAUUUGUUCCAAUCCUAAGCUUAACAAUUUCCCCUACAAUUUUCUUAGUAAACCCACUGUCUCAUGCAAUGAGAGGUCUGCGGCACUGACAAUAUUCUAACAUCUCGACAAAGUUUACCCUCUUUAAGAAUGAGCCAAAACAGUGUUGGAAGGUAAUUCAUCUACCAGGACCUCAUAGCUGAGCUGUUCUGUAUCUGGCAUCCAGGCAUGAGCACUUUCUAUACUUGAGUUACUGGGUAAUAUUCAAAUAUAUUUCUCCUAGCUGAUAUUUGCUAUAGAGGAGGAGAAAAUUAAAGAAUACCCAGAUUAAUUGCAAAGCUCUCUGAUAUCCUUGCUUUUGCUUUCAUGAAUACGAUUAAUAUGCUCUCUGCAGUCAGCUAAUUCUGGUUUCACCAGUCUCAAAUGCCUCAUAGACCAGUUUCAGUAUUGACAACUGAUGGGGUUAAAAUGUAUAUAAACAUUUGAUAUACAUUAUAUAGAUCCAGGUUAUGUGAUCACCCUCUUCCCCGUCAAAAAAGGAAAACAUGUCUGUUCAGAAUGCCAUUCUACUUUAGCAAUUUUCUUUUUAAAUAUGUAUUUGUGGGAUAGAAGCAUGUGACAUUGUAAUCCUAAUUUCAGUGUAACUUGACAAACAAAUUUCAGAUCUGUAUCGCCAGGAUAAACUGGUAUUGUUAUAACAACAUUUUGGGAUCCUGAAAAUUUUGCUUUAAUAUAUCAUGUAGCUUCGGGUA